AAAGGUAUUUCAAGCCUGGUCGGGAUAUGUACGCCAAAAACAUGGGCGAAUUUUGUCGUUGAUAGAGAAGGUCCGCAACGAAACACUUAUCAGAAGUUUCUUCCAGCGUUUGCACCUGGUUGUCCAAAAGGCACGGGAAACUGAGAAUCAGGCGUUUGCCUGGCAUGAACAACAACUGAUGCGUCGUGUUCUGAGUGGCUGGUCAACUCACGUGACUUCGCUGCUGAUAUGGGAUUGGAAACUGGAGGACGUAGCUCGCGCUCAUCGAGAAGACGUUCUGAAGCGAAGAGUUUUGUCCGCUUGGAUCACAAUACCAUCACUGAUGCGGGAAGAACGGGAGCGCGAACGACGCCGGGAACUUCUCAGAGAGAAACUGCGAGAUUUGGUACCGGAUUUUAGUCCACCACAACUCAGAGAAGGAAUCUGUUGAGCAACUCCCCGGUGUUCACUUUGCGGUCCAACUGUUAUUGUUUUUCCUCUUGCAACGUCCAUUUAUAUUUGGUAACCGGUUUAUUGAUCGAUCGCUCAUAUUGAACGCAACUUUGUAUCUUCUUCAAGAGUAUCGUUUGACUCUCCUGAGUGGCUUGCCGUUCGCUCAGAACACUUUCCAGUAUGGGGUACUUUGCUAAACUUUUCCAAACUCU